AUGGAUUAUUCAGAUAUCACAGCACCUUUCGAUCUUUCAUGCCAUCAUUCCUCAUGCUUCCAACAGCAGCUGCAUCCAGAUCUCCCACGAAAAGCAUUGAAUUGUGACUUUUCGAACACAAGCAACUCCUCACCAGUCCGUUCGGACACUCUUCAAAGGUUGCCCUUCUCAGACACCGUUUCCUCCUUUAGCAUGGACUUUGACUGGGCUAGCAGUGAAUUAUCUCCGAAUGAUGUUGGUACGCAUUCAUCACUUGAGCACUCUGCGUUGGAACCUUGUCCAAUUGAUGAAAUCAAGAUGAAAGUAUUGCAAAAUCGCUCAAAUGGGAAAACACAACAGGAGCAUCACAUGAAAACCUUGUUAAGUAUUAUCUUCCGUCCGGAAUCGGCGAAAAGUGGCCCACUUGGUCAUCCAUCCACCGCUAUUAUGCGGACGCAUAUUGCUGGAAGUUGCAGUCCCAUUGACUCUGGUGCCGAACGGGGUUUGGGUCCAUUUACGGGCAACGUCUUGUUGCGCCCUAUCAAGAAGCAACGCGUAAUGACAUCAGCUAUGAACAAGGAUUACUCGUCCACGACUUCGGUUCUCCACAUUGCAGAAGAUUCACUGAAUCAGUUUGGACGUUUCAGAGACUAUCAGAGUGGGCAGUGGUCUCUUCGCUUCAGGGAAUUGGAUCAGUUCCGCUUACUAAUGGGUCAUUGCUGUGUUCCCCAUGGUUAUCAGGCAAAUCCAGCAUUGGCACGAUGGGUCAAACGUCAACGCUAUCAAUACAAACUUCGCGCAGAGGGAAAGUCUAGUACAAUGACCAUUGAACGCAUUUCGGAACUGGAAAGACUUGGUUUUGUCUGGGAUUCCCAUGGAGAGGCUUGGAUGGAGCGAUUUAAUGAGCUGCACGAGUACUUCUUGAAACACGGAAGCUGCAAUGUGUCGAGUAAUUAUACUAGCUCUUGUGGAAGGCAGCUAUCGUCUUGGGUCAAGUGUCAACGAAGGCAAUACAGGAUGUACAAGGAAGGUGUUCCCUCAACUUUGAGUCCUGAUCGAAUUUCCAACUUGGAAAGCAUUGGGUUUGAAUGGGAAUUGAAAUUAUGUCGCAACACGACUUCUCCAAGCUCCGCAUCAUAG